AUGUGGUUCAGGGGUAGCUUCCCACCAAUGACUUGGGCCUGGUUUGUUCUCUUUGCCGUGCUGGUGGCCUUCGCACCCGGAACAAUGCAACAAACCAGUGGAGUGGCUACAUUGGAUCUCUGUCAGCCUAAUAGAGUAUUACCGUCGUAUUUGCAGAAUGCUUGCGAUCAGCUAUUGGCUAGCAUGGGAACUGCCACGAGUGCGAUGUCUGACUCCGGAACCAGAGCGUCACCACCGGAUAGAAGACCCUUGUCCGACCCACCUCGCUACGGCCGGCGGAAUGGAGGUCCACCCAUGACGGUCCACGUCUCCAAGCGGCUCUACUCGUUACCGACAUAUAAGCUCUUCAACGGUCUACGAAGACGGUCCGGCCACCAUCGACUCCUCGAUACGAAUCAGUCGGUAAAUCUCCUUAGGCGCUUCGCCUCUUUAAUUAAUAAAUUUAGCCUUCUUGAGAACAUAUGAUCUUUUUGUUUGGUGGGCCGUUGUGCUCUCUCGUUUACGGAAGUGCACUUUGUAUAAUCUAAAACUAUUUGAAGGAACACUUAAGCACAUAAUGUAACAAAUAGUACCGCUAAAUUGAACACGACAUGACAAGGACGUAGUGGCAAGUUUGCUACCAGUAAAAAAAAAAAAACACCACCGACAGUGAUAAAUACAUUACAAAGAAGACGGCUUUGUGAACUUAUGUUUUUAGUAUUGUCAUUAAAAUACAAAGCUUUAUUAGUUUCGCAGAGCCAAUUAAUUUUGUCACAAUUCGAUGUUCUUAAAUGUUAUGUAUUUUGUUAUGCUUUUCGACGCGUACUGACUUUGUACUUAUAUUAAUGUAUACAAAACAAUAUGACAAAGCACCGCUUUGAAAUUCACUUCUGUAUAUAACGCUAAUUUUAUAAAAGCUAAAGUGACCUGAGAUAACUGUAUUUGUUUCAGUUAAAGGUGGGGCCAUAUAUAGGUUUUUUUUAGUGCCUAUCCUCGUUUAGAAACACCAACAAUAAAUUGUUACAAUGUGUUUUUUCUCAUUAAAGGGAAGGUAUGUUUGGU